AUGGUCAAGCCACUUGUUUCUGCCAUGAACGCAUGGACUUGCGUUGUCGUGUCCGUCUUCGCGAUCAUCAUUCUGUCCAUCAUCGGCUCGCUAUUCAAAUCGAACAACCACACCAUGAUGGGCUCAACAGAAGACCCGUCGGAUGGCGGCGCUGUCGCAGGCGCCGUGUUCGGAGCUGUGUUCAUUUACAUUGGUUUCUUCGUUUUCUGCGGGCUUCAGGCCUUGCUUCACCUCCGGGAAAGCCGCCGGGGCGCUAUAUCUCUCUCGUAG